AUGUCAGACUACUUCCCACCGGAGCUACUCUUCGAAAUCCUUGUACUUCUCCCGGCCAAGGAUUUGAUCCGAUGCAUGUGUGUUUCCAAAGCUUGGAAUGCUUACAUCCGCGACGAACGCUUCACCAAAAGGCAUCUUCAACGCUCCAUCAAUACCAUCCCUAGCACCAUUUUAUUUAGCCUAUGGGGUACCAUUUAUACCAAGGAUUUCUUUUUGUUGGCUCUUUCCGUCGACGAUUCAUUCAGCACAGCCGUAGAAAUUUGGCAACCGUUGGUUGAACGUCGCGGCUGGGGUGAAAUAUCGAUAUUGGGAUCCUGUAAUGGCGUGGUUUGCAUUAAAAACACUGAAAAUGCUGAGAUAGCUUUGUGGAAUCCUUCCAUUCAAAAGUUCAAGAGAAUUCCCUUCACACCCUCAGUUUCAAGUCCUCAGUAUGGAUUCGGAUAUGAUUCGACUAAUGAUGACUAUAAACUUGUGGAAAUUGAGAAGAUCUCAACUCCGUAUUCGGUAGACGUUUCUAAGUGGUCUUGGGAAAACAUUUCUAAUGGUUCUUGGCCCUAUUGUGUUACUUUGACUUAUGAAGUGCAUGUUUACAGCCUAAAAUCCAACUUGUGGAAGAAGAUCCAAAGCAUGCCUUCCAAGGGCCUUGAACUUGUUUCGAAAAUCCAAUUUUCAAACGGAGCUCUAAAUUGGGUGAUGGGUGAUAACAAUAUGAGCAUAAUUUUAACUCUUGAUCUUGCCACUGAGAAAUAUGGUGAGUUUUACUGCCCGGUCAACGGCAUUUUGGAUGUCAGGAUUGAGCUGGAGGUCUUGGGAGGCUAUCUAUGUGUUUGUAUUCGUAACUAUAACAACAGCGAAUUCGGUAUUUGGAUUAUGAAGGAAUAUGGAGCGAGAGAAUCUGACCUUGCUUUAUUCAAGUAUUUCUCAUCUUUGUAA